AUGUCUCAAUAUAUCGAAAUUCAAGGUGCAGAAAAAAUUGGUUCUGGCGCUUUUGGAAAAGUUUAUCGUGCAAAAUGGAAAAAUCUAGGUCAAUAUUUAGCUUUGAAAUCUUUCUUUAAUUUAAAUGAUGUCACUUUAAAGAAAUUGUCAAUGAGAUUAAACUCCAACUUUUAA